CUGUACUUUAUCUCCUUGGAUCAUCUGCUGUGUUUUCUCCUCUCCUCCCCUGGUCAGGAGGUCACAGGCGGAUUUGCACGGCUCAAUAUGGCUCUGGUGACAGAUGAACAGGUCCAGAAGUUCCGUGAAAAUGGGUUUUUGGUUCUGGAGAGGCUGUUUAAUGAAGAAGAAUGCAAGUCCAUGAAGGAAGAAAUAGGGAGGAUAAUACAAGAGAUGGACGUGCCUCCUCACUUACGAACAGAGUUCUCUACACAGCAAGAAGAACAGCUCCAAGCCCAGGGGAGCGCUGAUUAUUUCCUUACCAGUGGAGACAAGAUACGCUUCUUUUUUGAGAAAGGAGUGUUUAAUGAUAAAGGUGAAUUUCUCAUAGCAAAGGAAAAAUCAGUGAAUAAAGUAGGGCACGCUCUACAUGCUUAUGUCCCAGUAUUUAAAAGCAUCACCAAUUCCCCCAAAAUACAGGAGGUGGGACGGCUGUUGGGCCUAGUAAAGCCGGUCAUUGUCCAGAGCAUGUACAUUUUUAAGCAACCUAACAUUGGAGGAGAAGUCACACCUCACCAGGAUGCCACCUUCCUGCACACGGAGCCCCUUGGUCGGAUCAUAGGAUUCUGGAUUGCUGUUGAAGAGGCAACCGAACAUAAUGGCUGCUUGUGGUUCAUCCCAGGUUCUCAUAAGGCUGGAAUUUCACGCCGCAUGUUGCGCACGCCGCCUGGAACGAUCCCUUGUACAGAGUUCAUUGGAGAAGAGCCACACUUUAAUGAAGAACUAUUUGUGCCGGCUCCAGUGCCAAAAGGAAGCUUAGUGCUGAUUCAAGGAGAGGUUGUCCACAAAAGUGAGCUGAAUGCUUCCUCAAACUCUCGCCAUGCCUACUCCUUCCAUGUCAUGGAAUCGGAAAACACCACCUGGAGCUCAGAGAACUGGUUGCAGCCAACAGCUGAACUACCAUUUCCAUCUGUGUACACAUGACAUGAACCCUUGAGGAGCAUUUACUGGUCCAGUGCUCCCUGCAAUGGAAAAGGGAACCAUCACUUCUUUUAUGCAAUAAAUAUAUCAUCCUAUCAUCUUUUUCUUUUCCAGUAAUCGGUGAAAACAAGUUAAAAAUCCUCUUGUCAUGUACUGCUUCUGCCAUUAAUUUUUUUGUCGUCAUGGAAACAAAAAAUGGACAAACACCGGUUUCUCAAAAGUGUUCUUUAUCUUUAAAAAAAACAAAAAAAAAACAGUGUUUUGUUCUUGUGAAUUUUAUACAUCUUCAAAGAAAAUAUGGAACAUGGUAAUACGUUUUACAGGAUACAGAGAUAUAAAUAAAAUAAUUAAGAAAAUCAACAUUUUGUAAAAUCAAAA